AUGUCUGGCCGUGGUAAGAAGGUUGAGAAACCCGCAGCUAGCAAGUCCUCCAAGUCUGCCAAGGCAGGUCUGCAGUUCCCGGUCGGCCGUAUCCACAGAUUCCUAAGGAAAGGAAACUAUGCAGAAAGGAUUGGCUCUGGAGCCGGUAUCUACCUGGCAGCUACUCUGGAAUACCUGUGUGCUGAGGUUCUAGAACUGGCAGGGAAUGCUGCCAGAGACAACAAGAAAUCCAGGAUCUACCCCAGACACAUCCAGCUGGCGGUCAGGAAUGAUGAUGAACUGUCCAAGCUGUUUGAUGGGGUCACCAUUGCUGAUGGGGGAGUCUUGCCCAACAUCCAUGCUACCCUUCUACCAAAGAAAACCAUGAAAGGACAAUCAUCCCAAGAGCCUAAAGCUGUAGAGUCUCAAGAAUUCUAG